AUGGGUCCAGGUCCUGGCCAAGACGGACCUGUAUGCUUGACUUCUUUUCUGGAGACUGAUUCCCGGCUUGAGGUGUCGCUCUUUGAUCUCUUGAAGGACAUCCAGGACUAUGCCGCUCAAGUGAUUAGGGAGAGCGAGACGGCAAGCUGGGAAGCUCAACCAACACGGAAUCCAAAAGAAAAGGAGGAAACAUCACAAGGAAUACCUCGGAAAGCCAUGCUCUUCACCACUGGCCUGCUGGAAGCUCUAGCGCAGUCAAUCAGUGCGCUCUUUCGGCUGUCGAGUAUCGCAAGAGAUAGUGGUGGAAUGCAGAAUGUCGAGCUCGAAUAUCAACCAAUACAAGCGGUGCUUGUUAAGAGGAGGAUGGUCAUGGCACGGGCAUAUCUUUCCUCUGAUCCACCAAAGCCGGCGAAGCAGUCUCUCGAUGCCGCGGUGGAAGAGGCUGUGGCGGAGAUAAAUCACGCGGCUGAGCGUCUUGAGGCACAAUCUUCAGCUGAGGAUAACAGCUCUCUUUCAAAAGAUGAGCAAAAUAGAGAUAGAAGAAGUCUCCCGGUGCAAGACGUCGAACCUUUCGACACAGGAGACAUAGUCUUUCUCUUGGACCCUGAUGGCGAGGAGAUACCAUAUAAAGUGAUGGAGUGUAGGUUCCAGAACGGCAAGAUCCAUUACAGACUCGAGACCGAAGACGGCGAGAUCUGGGAGGAUGAACAGGGUCACUCUUGGGUUGAACACGCUCAUAUUUCUGAUGGUACCGCAUCUCUGCCGACCCGAUCGAAGCCUGCGACAAGUACCACUGAAGGCAGAACCGAAUCAACAAAACUAGAUCCAGUUGUACCAGAGCCAGCCUACUACAUCGAUUCACCUCCACUGUUGCCCAAAACUAUAACACCGCCGGUCAGUCCCAGCUUGUGGAUCGAUGCUGACUCUCUCCGCCAGCAGCAGUCUGGGCACAACUCUUUGGAAAGCGUGCUCUGCAGUCACCCACAUCCAUCGGCGUCGAAUCGAGACCCAGUCGUACAUAGGUCUCGCGGAGAUGAUACACCAGGCUCCCCCAAAGAACCGCCGUCAGCGAAGCCAGAUGACUAUCCAAAAGCAAAGGCACAGGAGCCGCAACGACCACCACUCCAAGGCGUCCUCCAACGGCAAGCGAUGAAUCUCGGGAACCGAAUGAGACGCUUUCUACCAUCAGGAAUUAGCAGAGGCCCUGCAUCCAUCAAUGCAGCUCGAUUCCAGAAGCUGAGCAGCGUGUAUCUAAGGCUGCAAGAUGAAGAAGGGACAGAGUCGGGAUGGAGCGAACGUCUGCUGGUGAGACAAAUACGAGGCAGGCGUGGCAUGCGGAUGUACCAGUUGAAGGACAUGAUGGACAAGCCAUACGAGGGUGGCAGGUUUUUCGAGGAGUCAAGGCUGCGUCGGGCGCCUGCAAAUAGUGAAUCACGAUGA